AGCCCGGGUUUAUUAGGCGAGAGGCGUCACCCUGCCAGAGCACAUGGUGGUGGUGGUGGCGGUGGUCCCAAGACUCAGCGCUUUUCCCAAAUGCGCGAGGCAGAGCGGGGACUCGUGCCCCAGGCGUGCCCAGUGAACUCCUCCACGCGGCGAGAAAAAAAUGAAGAGAGCGGAAUAUUCGACGGAACUGCAGUGGCGAAGUGGAUGUCACUUUUAGUGAUACUCGCAACUGUUUCUUUUUUUUAGCCGUGGCAAAAACCGCACCAGCACCGUCAAACUAUUUCCCCGAAGCAACCCCAGCAACAUUUAGCGUCUUACGCCAUCAAGGACACGUGCUGAUAGCGCGACAAUUCAUCGGCAACUAUCACCACCCGCUUGCAAUACGCGACAGAGAUAGCUGCAUGGAGCACGCGGACACACCCGUCGACGUGUCUGGAUAGGUAGGCUCGAAGACAAACCUGAUACGUCACCUGCAGGAAAGGACAGAUUUUUGUGCAUUUAUGUUAACUCUCCUAUUAAGGACCAUCGACCGAAACGUCGGUCGCCCUGUGAUGUUUCCUUCUUAAGGGCGGUGUUAAUGCCGAAUGCGUUUGCAGUUUUUGACCAGAUACGGUCACAUUGAUAAUACAAUAAUAGCGACAUAGUAUAUUCACUAAUUUGCUGAUGGCCCAUAUGUAUACAACUAAACAAAUAAAUAUACUUUAUAUAGAAGGUAGAUUGAUGGAUUGUCGACAGAUUUCCGCGUAGAAAAUAUACACAGACAGAGAGAUUUGUACAUGACAUCAGUGUGUAAAGGACAAAGCACCGCAAACCCUUUGACUUCGGAAUAGAUUGAUAGCCCAGAUAUAGGCAUACAAACUGACGGAUGAUAAACGAACACACAGAUAGAUUGUUAGACGCGUUGUAGACAAAGUCCUAGAUUUAUAGAGACGAAUAUAAAUCCCUUAUAUAUAGAGACCCAUUAACUGACAAUUUGUACUGAAAUUGUACGAAUGUAUGUUCAACUUCUUUCGCACCGUACGUAGCCAACCGUGCUAUUCGGAGGUGAUAGAUUUAUAAAUUAAAUACAGUAUAGACGUACGGAUACAGUACAAGGUUUGAGAGGCACAUAUACACUUAUAGAUGUAUAUACUUAAAGGUAAUACAGACGAAUAGACCAUACAUAGACUAUACUGUUAAACUGAUAUUAAAACAAAUAUCUGCAUUCAUACACCUCAGUAUAUACACUGACAAACCAUAGAGACCAAAGACCAACACACGUAUAGCUUUAUUGAUACAGACAUUGAUAGAUCCUACACACACAUAUAUAUCCAUACAAACAGACUGACAGAUCACAGACGCGCUGAUAGGUGAGUACGCAAAGACAAAGCUCCCCCAUUCAGCCGACAUAGGCUGUUGGACAAAGUACUGUUAGAUACACACACAAAGACAGAUCCCUCGUAUAGCAUACACAAGCUAUUGGGGCAAGUGCUUGUUUUUUUUGCUAGCACCCAUAAACACACACACACACAUAGAGAGAGACUAUGGAUAAAACCACCACCACCAUCACGGGCGAAGACGACGUGGAUGUGGAGAGCGUGGACGACGAAGCCACGAUUUCAAAUCCGCAUCUGCUCUCCGAACGACCUGGGUCUCUUACGCAACCACAGCAGCCACCGCCGGGCGUUCUUGCGGCCAGCCCCGAGCAGAGGCGCAUGGCUCGCACCCCCAAGUGCGCGCGCUGCCGGAACCACGGGGUGGUCUCGUGUCUCAAGGGCCACAAGCGCUUCUGCCGCUGGCGGGACUGCCAGUGCGCCAACUGCCUGCUGGUGGUGGAGCGCCAGCGCGUGAUGGCGGCGCAGGUGGCGCUCAGGAGGCAGCAGGCGACCGAGGCCAACAGCGGGCCCCAGGGCAAGGAGGCCACGGCGAACCGGAGGCCAGUGUACGUCUCUCAAGCGAGGACGCCCAGUCUCCUGGCCAAGAGCAUCCUGGACGGCUACCGCCCCACCAGCGCCAGCGCCGGCGGCGGCGGCGGCGGCGACGACCACUUCGGCAGCGGCCCCGCGCCCGCGCUGCUGCCCCCUCUGAGCGAGCGGAUGCGCAAGCGCCGCGCCUUCGCCGACAAGGAGCUCGACUCGGUGAUGCUGGAGCGAGAGGCGCAGGCGAUGCUGUGCGCGACAAGGGCCGCCGCGCUGCCCCAGCUGGGCGCGCUGCUCCCGCGCUCCCCUUACGCCGCCGGGGGCGGCGGUCUGUACCCGUGCGGCGCUGGCACCGCCGGCGCGCAGCAUUUCAACGCCGUGGGCACGCACUUCAUCUUCGGUCCCGCCGCUGCGCUUACGACGGAACCUGGCGGAGCGCUUAUCCACAGGGGGUCUGCGGCGGCGGUGGCGGCGGCAGGAAGCGGCCAGCACCAGCAGCACCAGCAGCACCACGGAGCGUUCCACUGCUUCGGAAGCGCGCUCGCUGUGGAGCGGUGCGCGUUUUGGUCCAAGCUCUCCGCGGGUCACGAGCGCUUUUAUCAGCAGCAGCACCAGCACUUGCAUCACCAGCAGCAGCAGCAGCAGGCCUUCUUGAACUCCAGUAAUGAAACGGACAAAGCCGUCGUAUCCAGGACUGGCCACGAGGUUGCGCCGGAUGGACCCUCCGGCAAGGCCGGCCCACACUGCAAGGUGAUCUUGGGCAGCCCGGCCGAGCUGCGGCUGUCGCUGCGAGCGGACGGGGUGGCCUUCCUCCCCUUCAGGAAGGCCGCGCCGUGGGUCCCGCAGGCCGACUCGAUGCACCGAGCGGCAGUGGACUCGGUCAAACGAAGCGACGCUCAGCAACCGCAACAGCAGCUGCAGCAGCAUCAGAUGCCCCAGCAGCAGCAGCAGCACGAGCUGACUGGGCCUCGCGACCCAGCCGAGUGCAAGGGCGAACAUCAAUCGGGGACCAAAGCCUCCGUGAGCAGGGGCCGCGCACCGUGCAGGCAGCCGGCGGAGGUCACGCGCUGCGAGAACGACGCGGCAGCGGCGGCGGCGUCGGGGAACUGCGUGAAGCUGGCGCACGAGAGGUGCCAGCCGAUCAGCAAGGGCGCGGGAGCGGCUCUCCUGCCCUUCUCCGUCGAGUCGCUGUUGAGAAUCAAGUGAAGGCCGCGCAGCGCGUGGAGAACGUGUGCCGGGAUACUGAGGCGUGAGAAGGUGUCGCCGAUGAGGUGGUUCGGGACCAUGUUGGGAAGGUUGUGCCUUGAUGGUGGUGGUGGUGGUAGCGGUGUUACUGAUUACGAUGAUGGCGAUGGGAGUGGUGAUGCACGUGCUGAUGAUGGUGGUGGUGGUGGUGGUUGUGAUGAUGGUACAAGUGGUGGAAGUGAUGAAGAUGGUGGCGUCGUUGAGAGGUGCAAAUGAUGAUGAUGAUUGUGAUAGUGAGAUGGUGAUGGUUGUGAUGAUGAUGAUAUCGUAGUUAUGACAGUUGGUGUGAACUAUAAUAAUAUAAUUACGACAAUGCUAAAAUGAUAACAACGUUAAUGAGUUGAUGAUGGUGGUGAUGAUGAUGAUGGUGGUAUUAGUGGCAGCGAAAUGUCAAACUUACGGCGUUGUUGAACUUUCCGAUUUGUUUUCGGCAUGAGAAGAAUAAUAAGUAAUAAUCGCAUUUUAUUAUUAUUUAUUAACUAUUGCCAUUAAGAUCAUUUUUCCUAUUCUCGAUAAAGCCAACUCAGCCACCGCUUGGCUGCACUCAUCCAACCAUGCAAUAGUGUGGAAAUUGUAUGUAAUAAUAUAUUACACGUCUGUUUGUCAGCCUUGUUUAUAAUGUAACCAUCUGCUGUAAGCCUUUAACCAAAUAUUGACGUACAAAACCACUUCGUGUGGUCACGAACCCGGAUUAGUCUGUUUCGGUUUUUUUUUAGUUUUGCGAUAUAUUGGAGUUUGCUCACGAGUUCACACAUCAACAAGAAUCCGGAGCUGCCCCGUAGUGCUGAGCUCCGGAAAAUAAAAUAAAAACAUUCCAUUAGAAAUGAAGCCCUGUGGAAGUAUAAAGAUUCAGAUAGUCGUCACCGGUGUUGGCUGUGAGCAGGAAUCGAACUCGGGUCGACGGUUUCGUAGCGCAGCGCGCUAGCAACCACACUACCGAUGUAUAUACACACACACACUCACACGCCGUGCAGAUAACGUGCGCACACAACCUCAAUCCAUUCGUGAGUAACACUGUGGCCUUUUAAAGGCAAAAUAUGUAAUCAGUAACUUUGUGAGCGAUGGCCAGCCUUAAUAGCGCGUGUAAUGAAGAAGGGCCAUUGCCCGAAACGUCCCCUAAUAUAUAUUAUCCUUUUGAGGCCACACGGUGUUUAUUGGAUGAAGGUGUUGAGUGUUUGUUAUUCGUGCUUGUGUAUGGGUCAAUUAAUCCAUGCGAUCUUAUGCUUGCUAACACAAUGCUCUUUGCCUCCGCCUGCUUCGCCUAUCGCGGUGUUUAUAUCGGAAUCGUUAUUAAACUAUGCAUUUCCUAA